AUGAACAACUACGAAGCCCUGCGGAGCUGCAGAUUUCUCCGCACGGAGUUGCCCGCAAGCAAAGCGGACAAAGCCAAACUUCAGCACAGAGACCUUCUCAAAGGCAAAGGCCGCGUUGACCUUUUCGAUGAUUCCGGGUCGCACGCAGCUGGAUUGGAAGCUGUUCUGGUUAAGCUUGCAGCUUUGAACCAGGGUGAAAGCGCAGACUGCUUGCCAACCAGACAAGAUACAACCAUCCUCUUGUCGAUUUCCCGUUUGGUCCUAUUGUUUGGCCGGUUGGCGGUGACCUUCCUCAUACUCUGCGGCCUCUCUCUGCCUUGGCUCUUAGCGCUUCAUCCCCCACCAUUGCGUGAUCGCUUGGGUGGAACAUGUGAAGAAACAACGCCCCGGCUCCGGGGCUGUGGAUAA